AUGGUGGCGCCUCGUGACUCCCUCCUUGUCAGCCUUCGGCAAAAUGGCAAUGCACGAGCCACUUGGAGAUUCUUGAACUGCAAAGAGGUGUCACCACCACCCCAUCAACAUGGGACCAGGUGUCAUAGGGCCCUCGUGGACACAGGAGCUGCGGUCAUUGUGAUGUUUGCUGAUUGUUAUAGAGGACUCCGGCGUGACCGAGCUAAGUUAUAUAACAAUCGUGAUCCCCUCGUCAGCUUCUCGGGAGAGAUUGUGCAACCCUUAGGCUCAGACUGCUUGACAGUGUCAGUAGGGACCAGCCCCUGCCGUCACAUGCUACUUAUGAAAGUGCCCACUCCAGGAGGCAUACUCACAAUCCAAGGGGAUAGAGCCGCCAUUGACCAUUGUCAUCUUAAUGCCAUCCAACAGGGACGUGGUGCCUAUGAGAUGUUGCCACUUAGCCCCUCGAAACCCAUUGAUGACCUUAGGGAUGACCCUGAAGGGAAAGACAAGAAGCAAGCCCCGAGACCUAACCCAGCAGAGGACACAGAAUGGGUAUCCCUGUCGCCCAGUGCUCCCGAGAGGAAGGUCCGCAUUGGCACGAGCCUUAACCCGGAACUCCGCCACAAGCUCAUUGCCUUCCUCCAAGAUAAGCAAACAGUCUUGGCAUGGUCCUAUGCUGACAUGCCAGGCAUCUCCCCUGAUGUCAUCACACACAAACUUAAUAUUCUUAAAGACCAUCCCCAUGUCAAGCAAAAACGGUGUGCCUUUAACCCGGAGAAGUAUCGCGCCAUCCAGGCCGAGGUCCAGCGGUUAAAAGAAAUCAAGUUCAUACGUGAGGUCUCGUACCUGACAUGGGUUUCCAAUGUGGUCAUGGUCCCCAAGCCUAAUGGCAAGUUGCGAAUGUGUGUUGACUACACUAACCUCAACAAAGCCUACCCUAUGGACAGCUUCCCUUUGCCACGAAUUGACCAGCUGGUUGAUUCCACAGCCGGUUUCAAAAUGCUCAGCUUUCUGGAUGCCUACUCGGGAUAUAACCAAAUCAAAAUGCACCCCACAGAUCAAGAGCACACCACUUUUGUCACAGACAAAGGACUGUAUUGUUACGAGGUCAUGCCCUUUGGCCUCAAGAAUGCAGGAGCAACUUAUUAG